UCGGAGUCUCAGUUUCACGACUGGAACUUGGGACCCACUGCUGCCCUCAGCUCCUAGUUCGGGGCAAGAGUGAGUGCUGGAGGCAGAUCCUGGGCGCGAGAGGGCUGCAAUCGGCGGGCUGAGCAUGAACCUGGAGGGUGGUGGCAGCCGUGGUGGAGAGUUCGGCAUGAGCUCUGUGAGCUGCGGCAACGGGAAGCUCCGCCAGUGGCUGAUCGACCAGAUCGACAGCGGCAAGUACCCAGGGCUGGUGUGGGAGAACGAGGAGAAGAGCAUCUUCCGAAUCCCCUGGAAGCACGCGGGCAAGCAGGACUACAACCGCGAGGAGGACGCUGCCCUCUUCAAGGCUUGGGCACUAUUUAAAGGGAAAUUCAGAGAAGGCAUUGAUAAGCCAGAUCCUCCUACCUGGAAGACACGUUUGCGAUGUGCUUUGAACAAGAGCAAUGAUUUUGAGGAGCUGGUUGAGAGAAGCCAGCUAGACAUCUCAGACCCCUACAAAGUGUACAGGAUUGUUCCUGAGGGAGCAAAAAAAGGAGCAAAGCAGCUCACCCUAGAGGACCCGCAGAUGACCAUGAGCCACCCCUACACCAUGACGACGACUUACACCUCACUCCCAGCUCAGCAGGUUCAUAACUACAUGAUGCCACCCCACGACCGAACCUGGAGGGAGUAUGUCCCUGACCAACCCCACCCCGAAAUCCCCUAUCAAUGUCCUGUGACGUUUGGACCCCGGAGCCACCACUGGCAAGGCCCAGCUUGUGAAAAUGGUUGCCAGGUGACAGGAACCUUUUAUGCUUGUGCCCCACCUGAGUCCCAGGCCUCUGGAAUCCCCAUAGAGCCAAGCAUAAGGUCUGCCGAAGCCUUGGCCCUCUCAGACUGCCGCCUACACAUCUGCUUGUAUUACCGGGAAAUCCUAGUGAAAGAGUUGACCACAGCCAGCCCUGAAGGUUGUCGGAUCUCCCAUGGACACACCUAUGAUGCCAGUAACCUGGACCAGGUCCUCUUCCCCUACCCAGAGGACAAUGGUCAGAGGAAAAACAUCGAGAAACUGCUGAGCCACCUAGAAAGGGGUGUGGUCCUCUGGAUGGCCCCCGAUGGGCUUUAUGCCAAAAGACUGUGCCAGAGUAGGAUCUACUGGGAUGGACCCUUGGCACUGUGCAGUGACCGGCCCAACAAACUGGAGAGAGACCAGACCUGCAAGCUAUUUGACACACAGCAGUUUUUAUCAGAGUUGCAAGCCUUUGCUCACCAUGGUCGACCCCUGCCAAGAUUCCAGGUAACGCUAUGCUUUGGGGAGGAGUUUCCAGAUCCCCAGAGGCAAAGGAAACUCAUCACUGCUCAUGUUGAACCUCUACUAGCCAGACAACUAUAUUAUUUUGCUCAGCAAAACAGUGGACAUUUCCUAAGGAGCUAUGAUUUGCCUGAACACAUUAGCAGUCCGGAGGAUUAUCACAGAUCUAUUCGCCACUCUUCUAUUCAAGAAUGAAAAUGUCAAGUGAUUUUGUUUCAUUGUAAAUAUCUGACUAUUAACAACAACAGCGAUUGAACCUCCCUCUUUUUAUUUUGAUAAACUUGGGAAUUGGAGCUUCAGUUCAACACUUGAGGAGAAUCUCAGCAAGAAUGUGUAUAGAAAAUCAGCUCCAUCUAAUGCACAGAUGAGUUUUUUCCAAAAGGAAGAACAGUCUUUAGGGUCUUCUGUAGAUUGUUAUCAUUGAUGAUAACUGUGAAAUUUAACCAAAGGUUGUGUUUACAUUUGCUUAAAUGCUAUUUUUUAUUUGAUAUGGAUAAUUUCUUGCUUGAAGACUGAGAAAACUUGUAUUUCAGUAUUGACCACUAACUAGAGUUAUGAAAACGGUUAAGUGUUGUACUGUUUCUCAGGGAAGUAAAAUCUCCAUUUGAGGCUACUCUGCCCACAAAAGAAAUGGAUUAAAACAUGUAGGAGAUGUUGUUGUUGUCGUUGUAAAAAAUGCUUGCUUAUAGAAGGAAAUAAAAUCUUCUAAUUGAGGUUGGGCCACAGUGCUUCCAGCUUUGGGGUGGCUCAUCUCACCUCCUUGCCUGGAUCUCAUGCUAGGGUAGGCUCCUAAGCCCUGCCUUUCACUGCCCUGUUUGCUUCUCUUCUUGGGGUGCUCUUGGAAGCCAUUUAGUAGACUUUUGUUGCUAUUUUCCUGAGCCAAAAAGCAUUAGGGCUACCCAUGAGUUGUACUUUUUCUUCAAUCUGGGUAAAAUUGCUACAAUACAUUAUGUGAGUUUUAGAGCUAUAGGUGUACAAUGUUGUAAUAUGACAUCUGUAUGCACUACAAAGUGAAUGAUUACCCCCAAAAGUCUAAUUACCAUCUUUCAUCAUGCUAUUGAACUGCAUCAUCAAUUUUACUUGCUUCCAACCCCUUUCCUUUCUGGUAUCCACCAGUCUGUUCUCUGUGCCUAGAAGUUUGUUUCGUUUGCUUUUGUUUGUUUGUUUUGUUUUCAGAUUUCACAUAUGAAUGAAAUGAUAUGGUAUAUGUUGUUCUCUAUCUGACUAAUUUCACUUAGCAUGAUAUCCUCAGGGUUCAUCCAUGUUAUCAUCAAUAGUAUGAUUUCAUCUUUUUUAUGGCAAAUAUUUCCUUGUAUAUAUGCAACACUUUCUUUAUCCAUUUAUUUCCUGAUGAAUACUUAGGUUGUUUCCAUUUCCUGACAGUUGUAAAUAAUGCUGCAGUGAACAUAGGGAGCAUGUAUCUUUUCAAAUUAGUGUUUUCAUAUUCUUCAGAUAAAUAUGUAGAAGUGGAAUUGCUGAGUUAUGUGGCAGUUCUACUCUUAAUUUUAUGAGGACUCUUCAUACUGUUUUCCAUAGUGGCUGUACCAAUUUAUAGUCCCAAGAAAAAAGGGUACAUGGGUUCCCUUUUCUCCACAUCCUUGUCAACACUUUAUAUUUCUUGUCUUUUUGAUAAUAGCCAUUCUAACAGUGUGAGGUAGUGUCUCAUUGUGGUUUAACUUGCAUUUCUCUAAUAAUUGGUGAUGAACAUCUUUUCUUGUGCCCGUAGGUCAUCUGUAUAUCUUCUUUGGAAAAAUGGCUAUUCAGAUUCUCUACCCAUUUUUUAAGUGAGGUUGCUCAUUUUUGCGUUGUUGAGUUGUAUGGGUUCUUUGGCUAUUAACCCGUUGUCAGAUGUAUGAUUUGCAAAUAUCUUCUCUCAUUUAGUAAGUUGCCUUUUCAUUUUGAUGGUGCUUUCCUUCACUGUGCAGAAGCUUUUUAGUUUGAUGUAGUCCCAUUUGUUUAUUUUUGCUUUUGUUUCCCUUGCCUUUAGAGCCAGAUCCACUUGAGUACUACAUUUUUAUCUGUCCAACGAUCUAGUAAUAAUUGAUUAAGACUUUCUCAAUCCUUUUUGUCUUAUUUUAUAGGAAUUUUUGCUUAAACUUCUUUUCCUAUAAAAGAAAAAAAGACAGAUCAACAAUCCAAGUACAAAACAUGUAUUUUUGAACCUCAGCGACAUUUCCCCUCUUAUCCUGUUUGUUUUGUUUGGCUAUCAGUGAGUUAUCCAUGACAACACUAAAAAGAAGGAGCCAGUGCUUUUUGAAUUGGUGAACUCUGUUAGGAAAGAUGAUGACAGGAUUUCACAAAUUGCAUAACUGCAGACUCAGUGGGCUGUUUUUGCUUAUUUUGUAUAUUAUAUGCUUCCUCAUGCAAAUAAUGGUUUGACAGGGCCUUAAUAUUACUGGGCUUUUCCCAAAUACAUCUCUUUAUAGAAUCAUUAAGAUCUCAACUUGCUUAAGUAAACCUGAUCAUUUAUUUGUUAUUUGUUUUUGGAUAUAGAUGUUUAAACUGUGAUGUUAGUAACUGAUAUUUUUGUCAUACUACAAAAUAAUUGCUAUUACUUUCGGGAUCAGCAGAAGACUCAAUAGUUCUCCAAUAUAUGCCACUCUUAUUCUAAUCUAUAUUUUUAGUUUGUUCAGCAAACUGUAUUUAUCCCUGAAUUAGAAAGAUUAUAACAUUUAUCCAUUUUGGUGAGCAAUGAGGCAUUGGCAAAUCACAUCAUUUUCUUCAUUUUUAAAAGAAGUUUUUAAUGAUAAAAUAAUUCAUAGUAACUACAGAAAACGUAAACAGUAUAGAAGAGCUAAUCCGCCCUAGAAGUAUCCAAAGGAAGAGUUUCACUUACUCUUCUUUUGUGUUCCAACACGUUUCACUUUUCUACCAAUCUAUAUAAACUUAAAAAAUGUCAUGGAACCCUCUUAUACCCACUCUUGUGCAGUGUUCUUUUAACCUGACAAUACAAACUUACCUCAUUCUUUUUAGAGGCAUUGUUGUAGAAUUCCACCUCAAUGUAAUCAGUACAGUUUAAGCCUUUAAGGUACUUUAUCAGCUAGUCAGAACAGCUACAUUUGGACAGCAGAUUAUUUCUCAUGAACUGCAGUAAUGUAUACAUCUUAUAGAUGCAAAGUAUUAUGGGGUAUAUUACCCUAAGGGGUAGAUGAAGACACAAAAGGAACCACUGUGACACAGGCCCUGGUGUGUGGCCCUUCACUGCAGAGCAUUUAACCUGAAGCUCUGCAGGGUCUGUCCCAGGGGUGCAUCUUCUUAAUUCUCCAAGUAGAUGCUUGAUUUCCAUUGCUGUUUGAAUCCUUUUCCUCUUCUUUUUCUCUAUUCCUCUGUCUCUCUGCCUCUCUGUCUCUCUUUCUAUGUCUCUCUUUCUCAAGAUUAAUCUGCUUUAAAAUGGGAGUUACAUUUUCUGGAAAAUGUCGUUGGCUUGGACCAUUCCACAUCUUUCUCAGUAUUACACUCAAUUAUGUUAACUUUUUUAAUUUUGAGGGAUCCAGAGUAUGUCUAGUGAAUGAAACAAUUAUAAAAUAUUCAGGGUGAAGAAUCCCAGUCGUUGUCUCAGGCCUUUGGAAAGGAAUGGCUACUUUAUUCCUUGACUUGAUAAAAUGAGAUUAGCAGACUAGAAUAAACUAGUUUGUUCUCAAUGAAAAAUGCUGUAAAAGAAUUUAGGUACUUGUUAUGCCAAAAAGCUUUGGAUCCAGGGAAAAAUAAUUUUCUCAAAGGUGCAUUUUCUUGGCAUAUUUCUUGUUCUUGAAGUUUAGUAAAACUGUGGGCAGUAAUUGUUGCAUUCUGGAACACUAGAGAGCCAGGGUGACCAGCUCAUUGUAAACCCAAACCUGGGAGUCCCCUCCAUUCCUGGACAAAACAGGACAGUUAGUCACCAUAUAGAGAACCCAGCAAGACUAUCGUGUGUGAGCUAGGAAGAGACUGCUCCAUUGAGAGAGAAAAUUUACAGUCUGACAGUGGAAUAAGGGGCACAACAGUGUGGUUAUUACCUAAGCACAGGUGUGCCCAGGUUUGUGUUUAGAAGGUAUGCAUUGGGCUAAGGUGUGAACAAGAUCUUCUUUACCUAUCACUGCAUGGAACUCCCCAGAGUAGGAAUGGCUCUGGAAGUCUUGGUGCAGGGUUUUUUAGGGGCUUCUGUCUGAGAAGCUGAGCAGUAGACAGAUAGGCAUCUUGAGACAAGGCUUACUCCUGCACCAGUAAAGGUCAAAAAUUAUUUUGGGGUUUACUAGUUAUUUUUAGUACACAUCCACACACAGUUCAAAUCCCUUUUCAUUCCCCUUAGAUCACACUUAUCCCCUUUCUCCACAGGUGAACGUUUUUCUGAAAGCUGUGAGCUACUUUAAGGACUGUAUUUUUAUCAUAUGUCUCCCUAAAUAGUUUGUAGCUCACAGAUGCAGCAUUUGAAUAGACACAUAAAUGUUCCUUUGGGGCUGUCCUACCAUCUCUAUUGUUCUGCAGCUCACUUUUUUUCACACUCCUGUCUUUGAAAUUGAUCUAUACUCAUUUAUGUGUAUCUCAUUCAUCCCUUGUUAACUGUUGUUAAAUAGUUUUUCCAUGAUGAAUGCAGUGAAGGUCAAUUUUCAUGGCAUUUAUUUCCAUUGCUUUAAGGAAAGCAUGUAUAUGAGGUACAGCUGAAGUGCAGGAAAACAGAGAGGAGAUGUGGAAGAAAUAAGAAAAGGCCAAGAGUCCAAUCCUCCUCCAACAGGAACUCAUAUUUUGCUUUAGACUCUUUGGGGUGGAAGAGAUCCCAAAGGUAACAGAGCUCACUAUCUUGCACUCCUGCUUUAUGGAUGGGUAGGACCAAGCAGCUCCUCUGAUUCAAUCCAGUGCUGUGUUGGUUCUGUCUUGUUGCCAAGCCUCCUGGGCAAGGAUGUCUUGAGCACUGUGGUGAUCAUUCCUUGGACAAUAGUUGUACAUAACCAUGUCACAAAUGUUGUUGUAAAUUGCUUUUUAACUCAGAUUGAUAUUUGUGAUGAUGUAUUUUAGGUAGUUGAAAAAUAAAAACUUUUUUAAAAAAGUAA